AGGCUAUGUACCUUGGAUAACAAUAAGUACCAGUCGUAAUGGGUCGAUCCUUGUGUCUAAACUGACAUUGAUGCAUGUCAAGAAAGACAUGUUACGGGUGUAUUGUGCUGCUGAUAAUUCGGACAGUCGUGACCGCUGCAUGAUGAAGGUGGUGGAUAUACCCAAAAAAUUCACUACGCAGGGUCCGUCCCAGCUAGCAACUGGAAACUAUACUAACAACCAAGUUCAAUCCCUUGGUGUAGCUCUAUUGGUUUGCAUAACCGUUUUACCACUUUCGUCUGUGAUCAUCAUUACUACCCUGGCGUUUUGCUGUUGUUACCAGAGGAAAAAGAUUAAAGCGCUGCAAAGGCUAAAUCAAACCAUGCGUGACAAUAAUAACACUACUCCGUUGCCACUGGCAACCGUUUCUAGACCUGGUCAAUGUGAUCAAUAUAUGACACCCUUGAACCUACAGUUUCAUUCAAGGAAUAAUACACCAGCAAUCACGGAGCCACAGUAUUACACAGAAUCAGAUCUUCCCCCAUCAUAUUCAAGUCUCUUUGUUUCACAAGUUGAACAGCCUUCAUACACGAUUUUGACCGACAACUAUGAACGUUACGGCUUUGUAUAUUAUUCCCCUUGCGUAGCGUCUAAUGAGCUGCCUCCUCCGUACUCCAGUUCAGUGUAGCAUACCAGCUAAAACUGCAAAAGCCUGCUUUGUUUACAAAUGUG